UGGUGAUAAGCGGAUGGCUGUAGUCUUAUGUUACCUUCUCUAUCGCCCCGUUUCCCUAUAAACCCCGCCGGGUUUCGUAUUUGAACACUUGCAAGGAUUGAGCAACUAGCGACUGUGCUGAUCGUUCUUUAUAUGCGAAACCUCAUUAGUACUGUCAUAUAGCUGGACAGGACGAUGAGUCGUCAGCAACAUCGGCAAGCCGGCAUCUGGCCUCAACUGCAGCCAGAGCUUGCAGAGCGUAUCAUCAGUUUCCUGUCGCCCAACGAGGUCGCCUGCACCGUACGGCUGAUCAACAAGGCCGCGGCCGCGCAGUUCAGUGGCCCUCGCUACACCACCGUGAAGCUAUCCUCGCCCGUGCCUCACCACGCCUUUCAGCGGCACUGGAGCCGUCCUGGUGUCACGCGGAGCCUGACACUCAAACAGCGAGAGCAGCUGGUCUGCCUGACAGCCCGCAGCGGCAGCAUUCCAAACCUGGAGGCAGCCGUUGCAAGCACGGGACUCCUUUCCAUAGCCUCGUCAUACGAGGCUGUGUUGCCCGCUGCUGCUGCUGCGGGGCAGCUGGAGAUGUGUCAGUGGCUGCAGCAGCGGAAUUGCCUUGAAGGGUCAGCCCUGGAGGACGCCGCAGGCGCCGGACACCGAGCCAUCUGCGAAUGGGGCCUGGCAAACGGCUGGGACCGGGACUUGAACGUCAAGAAGGCGAUGUGUGCUGCUGCCCAAGGAGGUCAUGUGGAGCUAAUGGAAUGGCUGCUGCAGCAGCAGCUGCAGCAGCGGCCCAACGGUAACCUGAUUCCGUCUGACUUGGUGGACUUGUUGGAGGCUGCAGCACAGGGCUGCGAAUUGGCGAUUGUGGUGGAGCUGACACAACGGCUGCAAGGCCAACUGCUGCUGGACAAGGAAGAUGUGAACACUUGCUCCAUUGUGGCAGCCGCAGCCGGCAGCCCCACACCCGACUGGCAGGCCAAGGUGGAGUGGCUGGAGGCACGGGGCUUCCCCCGCUCGAGUUAUGUCGCCAACUGGGCAGCUUCCUGCCCGGAGGCCCUUGACCGCCUGAUGUGGCUGCGAGAGAGGGGCUAUCCCUUCACGGAAAGGGCAGCCGAGGCAGCGAUCAACAAUAACCGCGUGGAAGCCCUGGAGUUCCUAUUGGAUUGCGACAUCGAGCCGGACGAUGGAGAGGAUUACAAUGCAGCAUCUGAUGGACACCUGGACAUCUUGAUCCUGCUGAAUGAGUACGGAUAUGAAGUGGGAAAUUUUAUCGGCGUUGCCGCCCAGGGUGGACACUUGGCUGUGGUGGUAUGGCUAUCGGAGCUGCUGGGGAGGGAGGCGCUGCAGAAAAGCCGCAACAUGCGGGCAGCAGUCCUGUCGGGCAACCUGGAGCUGAUGGGGUGGCUGCGGGAGCGGGGGUGCCGCUGGGCAGACGACAUGUACACGGUUGCUGCUGGGUCGGGCUGCGAGGAGGCGCUGGAGUGGCUGGUGGAGCAGGGCUGCCCCAUGCAGGAUGACGGUGUACCCUGCCUGGUGGCUGCCCUCCAAAAUGACGUCAACAUGCUGCGCUGCCUGCGGCGGCUGGGCUGCCCCUGGGGCCCGCACGGGUGGGUUUUCGCCAAAUGCAUCGAGGAUGGCGGUGACACAGCGGUGCUGCGCUUGCUUCUGGAUGAGGGGUGCCCGGUGGACUGGCUGCGGGUGAUGGAGCCGGCUUACCAGAAGGCCUCUAAGGGGUAUCAUGAGGCGGUGCAGCUGUGGAAUUGGUUAUGUGCCAAUGGUGGUAGUGAGUGGUGGCAGCGGGAGGGGUAUGCACAAGUGAUGGGGGCUAUGCAGUUUCAGCAGCUGUUGUUCGAGUAAGGAUGGAGGUGACGAGGGUGACGGCAAGGGGGUGACGAUUGGGAAAGGAAGACUGUUGGGG